AUGAGACAUUCCGGAAUUUGGGUGAACGAAUUGCAGUAUGAAAGUUGCAAAAUUGAUGGAAUCGAUCUUAAAGCAGCAAUUGCGGCCGAGUUGGAUAUUGAUGUAUCAAGGAAAGAAAUUGAAAUUCGAUACAUUGUAGAAGGUAACUCCUGUCCGAUGAAACUUAAGAACGAUAUGAGUGUUAAACUAUAUUUUGAACUGAAAAAAAACGAGCCUGGAUUUUCAGUAUAUCCAUUAUGUAUUGACACAAUUGAGAAGAAUAGUGGUACUGUACAUAACUUUGAUGGAAGAAGUGGAGAAAUAACGUGUGUAGAAGGCACAACAAAUGAUACACAGGCUUUGGCAAUAGUUGAAAAUAGCUUAUUUGAGUCACAUGAAAAUGCAGAAGUUGGAGUUGCAAAUGUUAUAAUCAAUUCAGAUAUUGUUGAUGUGAAGACAGGUCAGAUAUAUAAGGAUAAAGCAACACUUGUAGAUGUGAUGACGAAAUAUAAGAUAAAGAACAACUUCAAUUGCAAAGUGAAGAGGUCUGAUCAACAAAGCUAUGUGUUGGUAUGCUUUUCAGACAAAUGUGGUUGGACUAUGAAGGCGUCGUGCAGGAAAAAAUCUGAUAUAUUCAUUGUUAGAAAUUUCAAUAGUGAACAUACGUGUCCGAUGAGGGAGAGGGUAUUAACCAAAGUCCAAGCAACAGUCGGAUUUGUAAGUGGAGUGACAGCUCCAAAAUUGGUCAAUUAUAUACGAAUUUAUACACCAAGGGAUAUAAUUGAUGAUAUUAGAGAAUAUUAUGGUGUUGAAAUAUCUUACCAGCAAGCAUGGCGUGCUAAAGAACGUGCACUCUCCAUGAUUAGGGGAAAACCAUCUGCAGGAUAUAGACGGAUGCCGCGAUACAUACACAUGUUAAAAACUGUGUAUCCAGAUUCUUAUAUAAGAAUGCAUAAGACUGAAGAGGAUGAAUUUAUGUAUCUGUUCAUCGCCUUAAGACCAUUCAUUAGGGGAUUUAAAUACUGCAGACCAGUAGUUGUUGUGGAUGGUGCACAUCUGAGUGGAGCUUACAAAGGGACAUUUGUAUCAGCAAGCACACUUGAUGGCGCAGGUUGCAUAUUUCCAUUGGCAUAUGGUGUUGUUGACACCGAAAAUGAUUGUUCGUGGACAUGGUUUUUCGAACAGUUCAAACAUGCAUUUGGCGAUAGAAAAGAUAUGUGUGUUGUUUCAGAUAGAAAUGAGAGUAUCAUGAAGAGUGUAAGGAUUGUGUUCCCCGAUGUACCUCAUUAUGCAUGCAUCUGGCAUCUUUGGAAGAAUGUAUGUGGAAACUUCAAAAGGAGCAGAAAGGCCAUAAGUGAUCUAUUCUACUCUAUGGCCAAGGCAUAUAGAAAGGAAGAUUUUGAUAAGUUGAUGGCUAAGGUUGAUAGAAUUGAUCACAGGGUUAAGGAGUACCUUGAAUAUGCAGGUUACGAAAAGUGGUCAAGAGUUCAUGCAACAGUAAACAGAGGUAGAAUGAUGACUUCAAACAUUGCAGAAUGUAUCAAUGGUUGUCUUGUUGAAGCACGCCAAUUAACUAUAUUAGAAUUCUUGGAAGAGGUUAGAAUUCUUUUUGGAUCUUGGCAUUGCAAAAACAGAGAAGUAGCCUCAUACACAAAGGACACAUUAGGUAGAAAAUUUGAGGAAUUGUUGAUUAUAAACGCGGCUAAAAGUUCAAAAAUGGAGGUUGUUCCAUCAUCUGAGUUUAUUUUCUCGGUUUAUGAAAAUGGAAGAAGAUAUAUUGUUUGUCUUGAGCGGAAAGUAUGUUGUUGUGGUAGAUUUCAACUAGAUGAGAUACCUUGUUCACAUGCAAUCGCUGUAUUGAAAAAAAAGAAUGUCACCGAUAUGAAUCCGUAUUGCUCUGAUUAUUACAAGCCUGAUGCGUUGGCAAAAACAUAUGAAAUUCCAAUGGUGCCAAUGCCAGAUAAGAAAGAUUGGUCAGAUCCUAAACACGUGGUAGCUGAAACUGUGUAUCCACCUAGAUACAGAAGAUCAUCUGGACGACCAAGAAAAAGAAGAAGAAAGAAUGCAGAUGAAAAGAUUUCGGUGAACACAAACUGUUGUGGACAAUGUGGACAAGAAGGGCACAACAGAAGAACUUGUACUUUCUACCCAAAAGAGAAGUGAAUUUGUCGUAAUGUUUCUAUGAUAUAAAGAAUAAUUUAUCACGUAAACAUUUUAAUGAAUUUCAGUUUUAAUUACGACUGCAAAUUGAACACUUUGUGUUUAGAUAAAUAAACGUACAAACAUGUGGUAA